GUUAUGCUCCAGUCACAGGCAUGUGCCACCCAGUCCGGAGCUGCACCCUCAACCAUGAAGACGGCUUCUCCUCGGCCUUUGUUGUGGCUCACGAGACCGGACAUGUGCUGGGCAUGGAGCACGAUGGCCAAGGCAACCGCUGCGGAGACGAAACUGCGAUGGGAAGCGUGAUGGCUCCACUGGUACAGGCAGCCUUCCAUCGAUACCACUGGUCCAUGUGCAGCGGACAGGAGCUGAAAAGAUACAUCCACACGUAUGACUGUCUCCUAGAUGACCCCUUCAAACACGACUGGCCGCAACUCCCUGAACUUCCCGGCAUCAACUACUCGAUGGAUGAGCAGUGUCGAUUUGACUUUGGAGUGGGCUAUAAGAUCUGCACCUCGGUGAGUGCUGCACUCAGGUUACCAUUUGGAGGACUGAACAGUGUAGACUCAAAAACCUUGUCU